AAGAAAAAAAGAAACACAUUAUUUAGACUAAUUAUUGGCUGGAAGAAGUAGCAUAGCAAUACAACCAGUUAGCCAAAUGUUGUUGCUUGUAUCUAGUAGGGCAUUUGUGUCUUUCUAUUUGCUUGUGUCUAAUUGGCCAGGGAUAGUGCCAAGUCGGGGGCUUGACAUCAGUGCCGAAAUUCUCCGCAUUUUAUUCCUUUUUCUGCUCAUAUCCAGGCAAUUGCGAGGAAUCAAAGUAUUCUAACAAAGUAUUCAAAAUGCACUCUCCUUCACCACAACUACUUCGUACCUUGCGUGCAUUCAUCACACCCAUUACUAGCACUACGACUACUGCCCUCCGGUCCUCACGAAUCGCGCCGCAAUGCACCGCAACUAGCACCAUAUUCAACUCCUCUAGCCACCGCUACAACAGCACCCAACCCCCCCGUCCAACCCGCAUGAUCCCCCGCUCCCACGCCUCUAAACCAACUUCCCACGACCGCGGCCCAGCAGUCCAAGAAAACACUAACACCGACCUUAACGCACUCAACGUCCUAGGCAACAUCCCUGCGCCUACGACGGCCGUGGAAGCCACACUAGACGAUGGGUUCCAUCUGGACAAUGGAUUGAAAGUUCGCAAUGGCGACGGGGUGAUGCUGGUUGGAGGAGAGGCGUUUGCGUGGAGGCCGUGGGCGACGAGAGGGUCUAAGGCGGAGAUGGUGAAUAAGAAGGGGCAGUUUGAGGUUGAUGAGGAGGUUUGGGGGGUGCUUGGGUUGGUUUGGCCGAGGCCUGACCUAUUAAUUAUCGGGAUGGGAGAGAAUAUGUUUCCGCUUUCUCCGGAGACGAAGAAACAUAUCAGUUUGCUGGGAAUUCGGGUUGAGAUUCUGAGCACGAGGAAUGCGGCAUCGCAGUUUAAUAUGUUGGCGACGGAAAGAGGUGUGACGGAGAUUGCGGCUGCCAUGAUUCCUAGCGGAUGGAAGGGGAGGUAACCUGUAUACGCAGUGUUGGGUGUUAUAAUAUGUCUGUGUACUAUACUGUAUUUCUAUGGCAAUGUAUAGCUCUUCUCUUGGUGUUCCAUGAACAUUUCCUAUUCCGUCAUGC